AUGCGUCUCUCACUAUGUCUUCUUUCUGCAGCCUAUCUUUCCACAGGCGUCAAUGCCUUCAUUCCAUACAGCUUUAAGGUGAAGACGAUCCCCCGCCGUUCCUCCAUUUCCUCCGGUGACACCCCGGAACGUCGGUUUGUGCCAGUGAAGUUGCUUUCAGGCGAUAUUGGUCAUGACGAGGAGGAAGACUCGAGUUCCUCGGACGACAGCCCUUUGGCGCUGGAUAUCGAAAACUCCAACGUUCGCCGUGACAACAUCUACAAGGUUGUUUUAGCCGAUAAACCCUCGUCACCAAACACAGUCGCUCUCAACCAAGAUGGCAUGGACUACUCAUACUUUUCGACCGUGAAUGUCGGUACCCCCGGACAACCAGUAUGGAUGAUGUUGGAUACAGGGGGUGCGAAUACUUGGUUGUUCGGUUCGGAUUGCACGGCCCAGCCUUGUCAAAUGCACAAUACGUUUGGCGAUGAAAGCUCCUCGACCGUUGAGCCGACAAAGGAAACAUUUGAAGUGGGAUACGGUUCGGGCAAAGUUAGUGGAAACCUCGUCAAGGACCACUUGACCAUCGCCAACAUCAAUGUGGAAAUGACCUUUGGACUGGCCAACAAUGCCACCGAUGACUUCCGGGAUUAUCCUAUAGACGGUAUCCUUGGACUCGGUCGCUCCAAUGACACCUCAAUGGGCGACAGGCCGGUAUUUAUGGACCUUGUCACCAAGCAGGAGAACCUCGAGUCGAACAUUGUUGGUUUCCACAUGUCGCGCAACUCGGACGGAAAAAAAGACGGAACCGUUACAUUUGGCGGGGUGGAUAAGAACAAGUUCAAGGGGGACAUUGUGUACACCGAUGUCGAAGAAUCAAGCAUCCAUUGGAGCAUUCCGUUGGAAGACGUGAGCAUUGACGGCAAAUCCUGGGGUCUCAGUAACAAAAAUGCCAUCAUUGACACGGGGACAUCAUACUCGUUGAUUCCUCCGAAAGAUGCAGAGGCAUUGCAUAAACUCAUUCCCGGUUCCAAGAAACUGUCAGAGGAGAAUUAUCUUGUCCCGUGCGACUCGACAGUCGACAUACAAUUUCACUUCUCGGGAGUGGGCUACAGCAUGUCUCCCAAGGAUUAUAUUGGCUCUGAACUAGAGUCUGGCGAUGGCUGCGUCUCGACUCUCAUCGCUCAAGCCAUGUUUGGAGACGACCUCAUGAUCCUAGGCGACACAUUCCUCAAAAAUGUCUACUCGGUCUUUGAUUAUGACAAUGACCGCAUUGGCUUUGCCCAACUUCCUGACUCUCCUACACCUGGAACAAACACCACCUCCACGGCGUCAGCUGCCACGCCCACAGACACAUUCUCUUCCGAUUCCACCGAUACAUCCAAUCCUACCGACACCUCCGCCGACUUCACUGGCGCCGGAACACCUGCUUUUAGGGUUCCCAGUUACGGCUGGCCUGCUUUGGCCACUCUUCUAUUCUUGUCUUAUAUUUAG